GACGAUUAGAAAAAUCCCUAACAGCAACAUUCCGUCUUCCCGUGGCGUUUAUUAUACAGCAAUGACUUUAAACGCGGGACUGGCAGCACAAAAACUGUUUCUUGAAAUUUGUUGUGUACCUAAAUUGACUUUAGUUUGUAAAAAGGCUAUUAAAAGCUGUCAGAUAGGAUUCGUUGACUUACACAGUAUUCCCACUAUUUAGAAGUGCAACUGCCACUGGUUAUUUUUGCAAAAUGGACUCCAACAAGUAGAGACACCGUUCUCCUUAUUGACGAACAUCAUUCAUUACUGAAUUUUUUUAAAAAUAUUAUCAAUAAGGUAUUUGAGGAGAAUGGACUUACAAACAGCAGAAGAAAACUUAGCAGUAUCUCGGUCAAGUAGUAGUGACGCAAAAUUCGAUAUGAUUAUUGGUGCCAUAGAGGAUGUAGUAAUGGAGGAGGAAUUUCAAAUGUUACAGCAUAAUUUUUUAGAGAGAUAUUUUCAUGAAUUUAUUGAUACAGAAGAGAAUAAAUUCAUUUACACAGAUAUACACAGAGAAUAUAUAAACCUUGUGGAAAAAUACCUCAAUGAGCGCCUUGUAAGCAAAGUGCCACAGUUUUCCAUGUCUGACUUCAUGCACCAGAUGAUUGCUCGGAAGAAUGAAUUAGAAGGAGAAAUAUUUGAACUCUUACUUACGUUCAGCGAUUUUCUCACUUUCAAAGAAAUGAUUUUGGAUUAUAAAGCUGCAAAAGAGGGACGAACUGUGGACUUAAGUGGCGGUAUAAUGGUUACAUCAUUUUCAACAGAAGGCCCAACCUCUUAACUAAAACUGUCUUCAAACCAUCAUUCAUUUUAAGGGUGAGGUUAAACUUGUGCCAAGUACUGGAGUAUUUCUUGUGGAACUAAUCUUCUAAGAAAACAGUCCCAAAGUUGAGUCACUUGUAGCUGCCGAGAGUGUAUAUAGAUGGAAUGAUUCAAGAAAGAACAAUUGCUGCCAAACGAUUUAACAUUUAUAUUCAUUUUUUUAAAAAAAAGGGGUGGGGGCCAUACACAACGAUACGAUAUCCUACAUUUAUUGCAUGGAAGUCAAUUAUAUGGAAAAAAAGUGCCUAAUAAAUAUUUACAAAAAUA